GGAGACUUCCUAGAAGGACUUCCUUCUUAUAACAAGAGCAACUUCACACGAUUCCACGCAGACUCCACUCAUAGAUCUCAUAAACCCUCUGUAUAUAUUUCAACGAAAGAUUAUCCGUCAGAGCAAGUAAUUACAACUGAAAAGACCAAUAUUUUAUUGCGAUACUUGCAUCAACAGUGGGAUAAAAAGAGUGUAAGCAACAAGAAAAGAGACAGUCAGAAAGCCAACUUACCUGAUGCUAAUGAAGGGAGCUCGUCCUCAAAGGUGGCUCGCGUAAAUUCUACAGACAGUAAUUAG